AUGUGGCCAUUCCUUUCUUCUACCCCCUCCAACGCUCACAUUGUCUCAGCGAAGCGUGAAGAGCGCAAUCGAGCUCUAAAGUUUGGAAACGUUGUGGCAACUGCCGGAGCCGCUAGUCCCGAGGACCAGACCCUCUACCUGAAGGCAACUGCCUCGGAAAUUGUUUCUCGUAUCCAAAAGGGCGAGUGGACUGCUUCACGCGUCCUCGAAGCCUAUAUCGCUCGCGCCCUCGUCGCGCAGUCCAAAACCAACUGCUUGACGGAAGUUUUCUUUGAGCGUGCAAGGAUUCAGGCCAAGAACCUCGAUGCAGAUUUUGCCUCCACCGGGAAGCUCAAAGGACCCCUUCACGGUGUACCAGUUAGCAUCAAGGACCAAAUUGAUAUCGAAGGCCUCGACAGUUCUCUCGGACUCUCUCAAUGGGUGCAUAAACCAGCUACCGAGAACGCAGAUAUUACCGAUAUCCUUCUCAAAGCCGGUGCAAUUCUCUACGUCAAGACGAACGUUCCCCAAACCCUGCUCGCCAUCGAGUGCAGCAACCCCGUGUUCGGCAGGACGACCAACCCAUAUGAUGCAUCUUUCAGCUCCGGAGGGAGCUCAGGCGGUGAAGGCGCAUUGAUCGCAAUGGAUGGCGCGCCCUUAGGAAUCGGCUCUGACAUUGCGGGGAGCGUCCGCAUCCCUGCAGCCUACUGCGGGAUCUAUUCGUUCAAGCCUGCAUCUGGAAGACUUUCGUAUUUUGGUGCCCGUGCUCCCGUACCCGGAUUCGAUGGUAUUAAACCUAACAUUGGUCCGAUGGGAAGUGGUCAAACCGACAUCGCUCCUUUACCCUUCCGUGAUAUCACACUCCCUUCAAAAUUAAAAUUUGGCUACUACACAUCAGGUUCGUCCUUAUACAAUCGUGACCUUUUUCCACACUUAUCCCGAAAGCCAGAUAAUUACAUCAAAGCCUCGCCCGCUUGCAAACGUGCUGUGCUCGAGACUGUGCAAGCCCUCCGAAGGCAGGGACACGAAUGUGUCGAGAUUACACUCCCGGACGGCUUGGCCUCAGGAGACGGCUACAAGACUUUACUGGGUAACCUCGGACCUGACCAGAAGGAGAGCGCCCUUUGGUCGACCACUUUGGGACCAGCCCUUCCCGCCUUACUCCGUGAUGCCGUGACUUGGGUCCUCGAGAAGGUCUGGGGCGACAAGAUCUCUGCGGACACAAUCCGCGCGUCAAAGGUCAUACCUGUUGAGGAUUAUUGGGCUCUCGCUGACAAGCGUGAUGCCUUUGGUCGGGAGUUCCAAGAACAGGUUUGGGAUCGGUACCAGGUCGAUGGAAUCAUUUGCCCCGUACAGGCCUUGCCACAGUUGCCUCAUGGUGGCUGUGACAAUUACUCGGCCAUCGCAGUGUCCACCCUGCUUUACAAUGUCCUCGACGCACCCGUCGGCUGUCUUCCCGUCACCCGGGUCGACCCCGCCAAAGACCAAAUCACCUCCAAAUGGAAGCACGAAUCUGGCCAUGGCUCAAGCGUGUUUGAACGGGGUUUAUACUAUGGCAGCAACAAGCUCUACGAUCCUGAGAUGUCGGAAGGCAUGCCAGUGAGCAUCCAACUCGCCGGGAAGAGAUGGGAAGACGAGAAGGUGUUGGCGAUGAUGCAAGUCAUUGACGAUGCUCUUGGGAAAGAGCGUGGCUUUGGGCCUGGUGCUUUCGAUAGGUAUACCUUGGGCUCCAGGUGA